AGCUAGCUGUGGUGUUAGCUGCAGCGGCUAACCCCGCGCAUAUUCCCCGCUGCCUAAUCUUAAUGUUUACAUUGCCCGGUAAACCGAUGGCUUGACUAAAUGACUUCCGCUAACUAACCAAUUGGCGCAGCCUUGACGCGGAAGUGAGGAUCAAUUAAACGGGGACUCAAAGCAGCUGUGCAGACAUGAGCGACGCGGCGGAGGAAGCGAUGGACAGCUCCGUGGGAUCUGAGGAGGACGUUGAGGAUCAGCAGGAGACAGUGCUGGAGGAUGAGACGAGUCCAAACAAAAAUAGCUCCAAGAAGUCUGCUGUGGGUGAAAUCAUCGAAGGGAAGCGAGUGAAGAAGACUGUGGAGAGACUGGAUCUCCAGGCGCCAAAAACCAAAGAGAAGUUGAAGAUCGGAGAUGGCAGUGGAGAUAAACUAGGAGACAUCCCUCGAACCAAUCAUCAGAUCACCAGGAUGAAGCUGGUGGAUCUGAAACAGCUGCACAUGCUCCUGUUUGACAGACCGGGAAAGAUGGCCACACUCAAGAAGAACCUGCGGCUGUUCAACGGCUUCCCUUUUGACGUCGACAGCGAGCAAUACAACAAGAAACGAGAAAAGCUUCUCAAAAACUCCAGCUUCACCAACACCAAGCUGAAGGUUGUCUGCACUGUUCUGGAUCUGGAGAAGAAAGGAACCCACUCUGAUCUGAUUGACCGGAUUCUGACCUUCCUCAUUUCCCCAAAGAACAGCGGGAAGCCUGUUCCUGUGAAGAAGAAGAGGAAAUCAAAGAAGAAGUUAACUGGCGAUGACUCAAAGGUUAAAACCAAGAAGAGUAAAUCUAAAGCCAGGAGCUCCUCAUCUAGUCCCAAAAAGUCCAAGGCAGGAAGUAAAUCUAAAGCCAUUGUCAUGGACUCCAGUAGCGAUGACGAUGGUGAAGAGGAAGAUGAGAAAGCAGGAGCUUCAGCAGAGGCAGAGGGAUCAGACGGUGAGGAAAAGCCAUCCGAGAGGGAGGAGGAGCGCUCUGAUGGGUCAGAUGAGUCUUCUGAAGAAGAGGAGGAGAGUAAAGAGUCCUCCGAGCCCAAGUCAGACAGAGGGCAGAAGAAGAAGAAGGCUCCAGCAAAGCGGCAGCAGACACCAGCAAAGAAGACCGGUCCUCGUAAAAAGAGAGCCAAGAUGGGAACUUCAGAGGAGUCCGACAGCAGUGAAGCUGAGAAGCCAAAGAAGAAGAAACUUGCUGCCAAAACCAAGAAGGCUGACAGCAGCAGCAACAGCAAGGCUAAUGCAGCAGAGGACAGCUCAGAUGAGAACGAGCCGCUCAUCCGAAUGAUAAAGAGAUCUCCGAGUGAUGAGCAGCUGAACGACACAGUCCGGAGUCUCUUGAAAAAUGCCAACCUGGAGGAGAUGACCAUGAAGCAGAUCUGUCAGAGGGUGUUCGACACAUAUCCAGAACACGACCUGAGCACCAGGAAGGACUUCAUCAAACAGACAGUCAAAUCUCUCAUCACAUGAAGAUCCUGCUGAGGACCUCCAAGAUGUUCCGAGUAUUCCUGUUUUUCCUGUGUGACGUCAUUGUUUUCAUACAAAGCUGUUUUAUACCUGAAUGUUUUUAGGGUGUGUUUGUUCUUUCUGAAGGAGGGGAACUAAUUAUUUCUUUUUAAAACUACAACAAAAGUUAAAGGUGAGCAGCAGGAAAAGGUUUAAUCAUUUUAUCUUUUUAAACUGGUUGUCAGAACAUUUAUUUGCUUUCAUCACAUAGUUACUGGAAAAACAGACGAUUGUUUCUGAAUAGACAUUUUCAUUUUGAUCAUUUGCAUGUUUUGUUUUUACAUUCUGAUUAAAAAGAACUUUUUCUAACAAA